GCACUGAUAUGACAGCUCGAAGAAAAAGUGUAGUGAAAAUGUUCAUCUCGGAUAAUUUGUUUUUUUCGUAAAAGUCCAUUUUUCGUGUCUUACUUUCAUUGAAAUUUUAAAAUGAUCCACCUAACCGGCCAACAAUUCUCAUCCAAAGAGAUAAUUCAACAAAUUUUCUCGCCCAUGGUCGGUGUGGUGUGCAGCCCACAAGCGGAAGAGAUAUGCCAGAAAAACAAUUUAACCUUUGUGGAACUCUUGCAACCAUUCAGCAAAUUAUCAACGGAUGCAAACUUUAGAGAUCCAAAUGGUGGUGCGUCGUCCAUCAAGGGGAUUCGACUGAAUGUAUGCGAUGUUGGCUGGAGACCUCCGCAAACUGUCCUAGCGAAAAAAAUGCUCACCGAAGCGGUCUCUUCCUUCAAUUGCGACAAAACGAAAAACAUCUGCAUCAAUGAAACCACCAAACUUGACAUUCCAUCGACUCAGCCGUGGUACGAACAAUGGCGAGAAACGUUUCUAUCGGUCCAAUUUCCAGCCGAUCAUGAGUUUACGCGUCAUUUUCUGAGCUGCCUGAUUGUGUUGUCCAGUUCGGAUCCGAAUCCGUUGGAGAGUGCUAACAAUUUAACGCGAAAAGUGCAAAUGAUGCAGAAUGUAACGCCACAGAAAUUACCGAAGUGGCUGAGUUUCGGAACCGAAAUUUUGAACAGUUACGUCAUGUUGCAUGACGGAUGUCAGGGAGAUAUAACGAAGGCUCAACAAGCUUUCGAGACGUUAAAACUAACCUUUGGCGAAAAUAAAUGUUUUCUGCUGCAAAUCAAUUCCUAUCAAGGAACUACACCCGGUGAUUGCACGGAUCCUUGGAUGAAAUUUUUGAGAAAACAUCCUAAAUCGGACAACUCAAGUGACCAAAGCAGUGCUCCCAAAACACCACAAGAUAUCACCAGCGUAACGUCAAUGCCAUCCUGCGUGUUAAUGAGCUCGUUGGAUAGUCCGCAAUCCAAUGAAGAAGUGGUGGAUCAUCCUUUGAGUCCUGUUCAGGAGCACGCAACAGAAGCUAUACAUUCGAAUUUUUCGAGCAGCUGUGACAGCCUUACUUCUCAAGUCAUGAAUCCGAAUGUAUGGGCUAACGAAACCGACACCGAACUGCCUCAUGGAAUGUGGCUCACCGCAUCGGACGUUGAUAAUUUGAAGCAUUUCAUCCAAGACUACACCAUUCGAUCGUUAAUUCCUUAUGUUGAAAAGAUGGUGGCCGUUUUGAACGAUGCAGUGAUGAACAAAAAAGGUGUCAGUCGAUCGUUACUUAGUGCCACGAAACGAUGGUUUACCAAUAAGCCGGGUGCGAAUACCAUGCAGAAUGCCGUCGUUUACACUAACGAUUCGAUUGAGCUACAGACUCGAAAGCUUGGCGAUUUGUAUUUUAUGUUCGGCAAUUACAAUUUGGCUUUUCAGGCUUACCAUCAGGCGAAAAGAGAUUUCAAUGCGGAUUCAGCAUGGCAAUACUAUGCUGGUGCUCUGGAAAUGGCAGCCAUGGCAGCGUUUAUGUUAGGAACAGCUAAUCGUAAAACGUACGAUUACAUGGAAGAGGCUAUUGUCACCUACUUGAACAUUUGCAAAUUGCCUCAAUUCGCCACCCGUAGUACUCUAAUCAGCAUCGAGUGCUUGAAAAGUGCAAAACUUUUCGGUGAAGCCGCAAAGCAAUUGAUUCGUAUGACCAGUGAAGACUCCGAUUUGAGAUCGGCUUUGCUACUCGAAGAAGCGUCUUAUUCCUAUCUAAUGUCACAACCGCCACUCUAUCGAAAGUAUGCAUUCCACAUUGUAUUAGCCGGACAUCGUUAUUCGAAAUGCGGUCAACGAAAGCACGCAUUUCGGUGCUACAAACAGGCCUAUCAAGUGUUCGAACAUCGUGGCUGGAGCUUAGCAGAAGAUCACAUUCAAUAUACAAUAGGCAAACAGGCGGUAACACUGAAGAAACUUGACGAGGCUAGCAGCUCGUUGGCACACUUACUGCGGCCGUCAAGUUUACAGAGUUGCAAUCAACAAGCCGCCUUUCUGAGAGAGUAUAUCGCAACGCAGAAGACACUACUGAAUCAAUCGGAUGGAGAAUUGCUUUUGGAUAUUUCGCUUCCGAAAAUUGUCCACAAUUUGACUAGAGUGCUUGUUACAUCACAUCCGCCGAUUACGAAACCAAAUUUAGUGGCAGCCACAAAUAUUCAGAUAAAUUCUAAUUUGGAGGACGAAUGGAAGUGGCAAAAACUCGAGGAAAUUGUUGUUCAGGUGGCAUCGAAUAAGCCAGUUAUGCUUUUCAAACCGACUAGAUCCUUAUUCACAUCGGCUCUUCCAACGUUAGAAAAUCCAAUUUGCAUUCAUGGAGAGCCAAUCGAAGUUAGUUUUACGCUAGAAAAUACCAUUAGGCCAUCGAUUACAUUUGAGGACAUAAAUCUGCUGUGGACGUUUACCAAGGAAAAUGGUGAGGUCAAUACGAAUGUGGUGAAUGGCAAGUUAACGGGUCAUAAUAUCAUGACGUCGUCGUACAUCAAAACGAUUCAACUGAAUGAAUAUGAGAAGAAAACGAUUACGCUGAACUUGAUUCCACACUUUACGGGUACAUUGAAAGUAACUGGCAUCGUUGGAAAGAUAUCGGCUACCAACGAACACACAAGUCUGAACGGUAAACUCGACUUCGAACCAAUACUCAUCCGACCCGAUGGCCCAUCCGCUAACGAGAAACCGCCACAAUACGACAAAAAACUGGAAAUAUCGGUCUUGCCGCCGAUAUCAGCACUACACGUCAGCUUCUCAAACGUUCCGGAAGAAGUAAUUGCUGGUGAAAUCAUUCCGAUAACUGUGCAUUUAACGAAUUCGGGUAGAGACCCGUUGGGCAGUUUAUUUGCGGCGACCGAGUCUCCCCGAUGGUUGCUGGGAGAAUUGGACGGUCAAGAGUUGCCGCUGUCUGUGCUGAGAGAUUUCACCGAUUUGACCAACGAAGCGUUGAGUCGUGACAAAGAAUUUCGCAAGCAACACUCAUUUUGUCUGUUAAAAUCGUCGGACAAUGGCAUCGGAUUGAAUCCGCAGGAGACGAAAACGACAACCGUUUGGUUGCAGGCGCCGAUGAAAAAGGGUCGAACUGACAUUAAACUAUUAAUUUACUACGCAAUGCCGAAUGGUUAUCCGAAAAUCAAAUAUCGGUUGGUGCGACAUAUGUGGCAACUUAAUGUUAACGAAUCACUGUGCAUGGGGGCUAGCUGUAGCAUCGGAAAUAUGGCGACCGGAGAGUUAGGCGUCGAUGUAAAUAUCAAAAAUUUAAAUCAAGUUCAUCAUCCAUUAAUGACGGAAAUUAUGCUGAACGAUAUAUCGCUCUUCAGUCCUACAUAUCAGAUAAAUUCAAAGAAAGUCAUCUACAUGCAAAGUCCCGGUAUUAGUCGAGUGUUCGAUGAAAAUGCAGGCCUACGAUCAACCGAAAGAAUCGACUUGAGAUUUUCACUCAACGAGUAUCAGAAUAAGGUCACAUCCGAUCCGACCGAGUACAUCAAAGAUCGUCUAUCCCAAUUGACCAUAGUUCCCAGCAACGAUGUUGACUUAGCUAUACCAAAUCUGGCGAAAAUCGGUAGCUUCCUGAUGAAAAGUGAGACGAAAUUCAUCGGAGUACUGGGCCAGGCCGGUAACAAUGAGGAGUUCAACAACAUUGUAUCGAAUGUGGAUCGACAUUUGUGUGUUAUACUUACAUGGCGAGCGAUCGUUCAUGAUAACAGCUCGUUGCAGCGGUUAGCCUACGGUCAACAUUUUGUGCAAUUACGGAAUUUGUAUGAGACUGUGUACUGUCCGCAUAAAGAGAAGAUGCCACAAACGACGUUUGCUAGUCAAGAAGAAUUGUACGGCAUUUUCGAGUUUAAAAAUCAAAUCCAAGCGAAUCAGUAUUCUGACGAUUUGGACGACGAUUGGGAGUGCAAUGACGUGUCCGUGACCGGUAAAUGUUUUUUGGAAGUGGACGAUCGAAUCAAAAUUGAAGCAAAUUUGGUGGAGACGACAUCGUAAAGUUUAUUUUUAUCGUUUCCAUUCAACAAAUUCAAUUCUAAAAAAAUAAAUUUUUUUGUUUUUUUAAAAA